GGUACGAAAUUCCUGGGUGCCAACCUGCCUAUGGCAACCUAGAAUUCUCCAGGGCAGGCUCGCAAAAUCUUCACCUACUCUCUGGGACAGUACUUUGCAAGAACAGAAGGGGGAAUUACGAAAGCGUCUAUCGUACACUACCCAUAAGCUGGAAAUGCUUGAAACGGAAUUUGAUUCUACACGUCAGUAUCUUGAAAUAGAAUUGAGACGUGCUCAGGAGGAACUUGAAAAAGUAACUGAAAAACUGAGAAGGAUACAAAACAAUUACCUAGCCUUACAAAGAAUUAAUCAGGAUCUGGAGGAUAAACUUUAUAGAAUGGGUCAACAUUACGAAGAGGAAAAACGGGCACUGAGCCAUGAAAUAAUUGCACUCAAUAAUCACUUAAUAGAGGCCAAGGUGACAAUAGAUAAGUUGUCAGAAGACAAUGAGCUCUAUAGGAAGGACUGCAAUUUAGCUGCUCAGUUGCUCCAGUGCAGCAAGAAUUACGACAGGGCACAUAAGCUUUCUGAGUUGCCAUCGGACUUUCAGGAAAGAGUCAUACUGGAAAAACCAGAUCCAAACAGCAUGUCUUCACACUUGUCAAGCCCAUCUACAAGGGAUCUCAGUUUUCAGGACUCUGCUGGAAAACUUGGACAAAGGCCCCAGUACAAGUCAGACAUCUAUUGCAGCGACACCGCCCUUUACUGCCCCGAGGAGAGGAGGAGGGAGAGGAGGCAGAGUGUGGACACACAAGUGAAAGACGUGGGGUUCCUGCGGUCCCAGAAUUCCACGGACAGCACCAUUGAAGAAGACGGUUUCCAUUCCAGCUUCUCUCACGAAGCCUUCCCAGAGUACAUUACCUCUCUGCCAACCUCCAGCUCCUAUUCCAGCUUCAGUGUCACAUCCGAGGAGAAGGAGAACGCCCAAGCCAACACUCUGACAGCCUCUCAGCAAGCGAUCUACAUGAGCAACCGAGACGAACUGUUUGAAAGAAAGUCACCUGCAGGUUACGAACAUCAGGGAAGUCCUAGGUUUGCCAAGGCCAAACCUGCGCAGCACAUGGAGCUUGCCGACGACAAUGAGAACUCGCCCACUUUUACUAGGACUCUGCCUCCUUAUGCAAAUGAACCUUUUCAUUUCUCAGCCAUAACACCACAGCAGGCUUUAGGAAAUCAGAAAAUGAGGAAUGAGUGCAGGAGCACCCACCUUUCAGAAGAAGACUUGCCUGGGCGAUGGAGGCAAUUGAGUGUGGAGGACAUUGGUGCGUACUCUUACAGGAACACUGGCAGGCUGUCACCCUGUAGUUUUUCAGAGCAGUACUACAGCAGCCCUAUUAAGAAGGGAGACAGUCGAACAAGCCCCAUCUAUGCUAGUUACAAAGCAGAUAGCUGCUCAGAGGGAGACGAUAUCUGCCAAAGCAGACUUGUGGAUUCUUGCUUCCUGAGAACAGACAGUGGCCUGAAUAUUGACAUCAGCACUAGCUGUAAACAGGACAAAUUGCCCACUUACAAAACAAAAGAAUCAAGAGACCAAAAAAAUGAAAGGAUCACUGUCCAGUUAUGCAGUAGCAAAACCAUCGAAAAUAGCCCAGUAUUGAAAAGAGAAUACGUGGACGUGAGCCCCAACAGCUCAGCAGAGUCCCUCAAUCAGAGUUCAAUGGAGGCUUCAGAAAUCCACCAGUCUUCCAUGGAGCAAGGAAGUCAUUCGGGUAUUCACAGCAAACAGCAGCAGUUUCAACGGACUGGGAGUACUGGUUUGAGUCGGAAGGACAGCCUUACAAAAGCACAAUUAUACGGAACCCUUCUGAACUAG